GCUCCAACACAGCCGCGAGAGUUCAGUUCAAGCGGAUCCAAGACAGCAGCGAGAGUCCCGUCCACAGGAAACCAUCUCAAGCGGAUCAGCAGCGUAGAGAUGUCCAUGUAUAUAAAACCUAAAUUGAGGUGUUUGGAUGUUUUUUUAAGUGCUUUAUAGGCAGAAUAGAGCGGCUCCCGCAUGCUCCAUCGAGGACUUUUCAUUGCAUUUAUUCUAUAUUAAAGAAAGAAAAUAUAUGCGUUAUUGUGAACGAUAAACAAAAUUCCCCCAGAAAAGUGCAGUUAUCCUUUUAAGGACUAUUCUACCUUUUAUAACUAUUCUUUUUUUGUUUUGUUUAUUUUGUCAGUUACACAAUUCUUAAAAAUAACAAGAUAUCGUUAUCUGUACAACUGUUGUGUUUUUUUUAGGGCUUACUGUAUAAAAGUUUUUCAAAUAUGUAUAUGAUAGUGUUGUUCGGAAUCUGCUGUCAGUCUAUUCUGUUUUUUCAUACCAAAUGUCACCCAUACGUCAUUUUUCUUGCUAAUCUGACUAUAAAAAAAGGAAAAAUCCUACUGCAUUAAUUUGUAGUACUUUAAGUGGCCAUGAAGUGCUUGUUUCAUUUUAAAAAAUGUUUUGAACUCAAUUCAAAUGCAGAAAGUAGCAGUGUAAAUGUGUCAGCUAGUCGACAACAAUUAUUACAAAAAGAAUAUUAAAAUGCGCUACUAAAUCAUAUCUCCAAACUCUAAAACAUAUCCAAAGUUUUACUCUAGAUGCAAAUAAAAGGUAAGAUCACACGUUUUUAGGAUACAUAAGGUAGAUAAAUGGGAACAAGAAGUAUUUGAUGUUUUUAUAAAAGCAAGUUAUUAUUAUUUCUAAUAAUAACAUGCAUACUGUAAGCUUUUUACCUGACAUGAACCUCAGCACACGUGAUGUUGGCGAUGAUGCCAGGAGACUCACAGGAACAUUAACUCAACAACGUGAAGAGAGAGAGAGAGAGAGCUCAGUGAUGUCUUAAAGUCCCCACCAAAGGAGGACACGUCCCAGUCUUCGAAAGGGUCCCUGGGGUCUUCCUGCUGACUGUGGAGUCCAUCGGAAGCCGGACGUCAUUUUCGCUGCAGGAUGGGCUUCAGUGAGUUGCUGGAGGAGAUUGGUGGAUUUGGGAGGUACCAGUGGCUCCACGUGACCUUGAUCAGUCUCCCGGGCCUCCUGAUGGCGGGUCAGAACCUUUUAAACAACUUUGUGUCUGGAACCCCCUCCCACCACUGCAGUCUGGGCAAUUAUAGCCUCCUGAACACGCUUCCACAGCAGGUGGAGCAGAAAGACAUCUUGAAGGCCUUCAUACCUCUGGACUCUUCAGGAACAAAACUAGACCGCUGCAGCAGAUACGUGACGCCUCAGUGGCAUCUGCUGGAGGCCAACAGCUCCGCAAACACCAGCCACCUGCAAACUGAAAGCUGUGUGGACGGGUGGACCUUCGAUCGGUCCGAGUUCCUCGCCACCACAGUUUCCGAGUGGGAGCUGGUUUGUACCCUGCGUCCUCUCAAGCAGAUGAUUCAGACCAUCUAUAUGGGCGGAGUUCUGACCGGCGCCAUCAUCUACGGCGGCCUGUCCGACAGGUUUGGGCGGCGGACUGUCCUUAUUUGGUCGUACUUGCAGUUGGGCAUCCUGGGCUGUAGCUCCGCCCUCUCGCCGACGUACACCAUCUACUGCACUUUUAGGUUUCUGAGUGGGAUGGCAGUGUCGGGGGUCAUCCUGAACUCCGUCUCCCUGAAGGUGGAGUGGAUUCCGACCAAAACCAGGACGCUGGUGGGCACGCUGAGCUCCUUCUUCUUCACCAUUGGUCAGCUGAUCUUGGCGGGCUUGGCUUACUGGCUGAGAGAUUGGAGGAAGCUCCAGCUGACCGUCUGCGCUCCCCAAUUCCUGUUCUUUGCCUACAGCUGGUGGUACUCGGAGUCGGCGCGGUGGCUGGUUCUGAAGCGGAAAUAUGAAGAGGCGUUGAAGACCCUUCGGCGAGUUGCCCGGAUCAACGGAAAGAAGGAAAUGGUGGACAAGCUGACGUUGGAGGUUCUAAACUCCCACAUGAAGAAAGAGAUCGAGUCCUCCCAGACAAUGUUCACAGCCUAUGACUUGGUGAGGACCGCAGCAAUGAGGCGCAUCUCUGUGUGUCUCAUCGUAGUCUGGUUCUCCACCAGCUUCGCGUAUUACGGCUUGGCCAUGGACCUGCAGAAGUUCGGGGUGAGUAUUUACCUGAUCCAGAUCAUCUUUGGAGCUGUUGAUUUCCCCGCCAAAAUUGUGGCUCUGGGCAUGCUCAGUUAUCUUGGGAGGAGAGUGUCGCAGGCCUCGUGCCUCUUCAUGUCCGCCCUCAUCAUCUUUGCUAACAUCUAUGUCCCGACAGACAUGCAGACCCUCAGAACCACACUGGCGUGUCUCGGUAAAGCCUUCAUGUCAGCGUCCUUCACCACCGUCUACUUGUACACUGGAGAACUUUACCCCACCAUCAUCAGGCAGACUGGAAUGGGUCUGGUCUCCACCAUGGCCAGGAUCGGCAGCAUGGCAGCGCCGGCCGUCCUCAUCCUGGACGAGGUGGUCCCUUCGCUGCCCAGUGUGGUCUACGGGGGGGCGGCCGUGAUAGCCUCAGGCUUCGCUUGCUUCCUACCUGAGACGCUCAACGUUCCGCUGCCAGAAACCAUCCAGGAUGUGGAGGAGAGAUGGUCUGGAAAAAGUGUGGCCAACAAGAAGAAAAAGGGAGAAUCUUCAGAAGAUGAGCAAGCGGUGUCCUUCAAAGACGUGAAGGAAGUGGAAGGAAGCGGUCUUAACGCUCUCUGACACUGCUCAUAAACACGCAACAAAUAUUAAUUAUUAUUAUUUAAGUCAGGGGUGUCAAACGUAUGGCCAAACAGGAUGAGUUUAAUGAAAGAAACUGCGGUUCUAAAUGUGUCCACCAGAUCAGUGGUUCUCAAAUGGGGGUACUUGAAGAUUUCUUAAAAAAUAUUCUAAAAAUAGCAACAAUUCAAAAAUCCUUUAUAAAUAUAUAAAUUGUGAAGUGAAGUAUAUUUUAUAUAGCGCUUUUCUCUAGUGACUCAAAGCGCUUUACAUAGUGAAACCCAAUAUCUAAGUUCCAUUUAAAGCAGUGUGGGUGGCACGGGGAGCAGGUGGGUAAAGUGUCUUGCCCAAGGACACAACGGCAGUGACUGGGGUGGCGGAAGCGGGAAUCGAACCUGGAACCCUCAAGUUGCUGGCACGGCUACUCUACCAACCGAGCUAUGCCGCCAAAAUUGAAUAAUACUUCAACAAAAUAUGAAUUUAAGUUCAUAAAUUGUGAAAAGAAAUGCAACAAUGCAAUAUUCAGUGUUGACAGCUAGAUUUUUUGUGGACACGUUCCAUAAAUAUUGAUUUUUUGUGAAGAAAUGUUUAGAAUUAAGUUCAUGAAUCCAAUCCCCAAAGAGGGCUCUUUAAGUUGAUUACUUCUAUGUGUAGAAAUCUUUAUUCAUAAUUGAAUCACGUAUUAAUUUUUUUGUUAUUUUUAUAACUUUUUCCCAAAUAGUUCAGGAAAGACCACUACAAAUGAGCAAUAUUUUUGCACUGUUAUACAAUUUAAUAAAUCAGAAAGUGAUGACAUAGUGCUGUAUUUUACUUCUUCAUCUCUUUUUUUUUUCAACCAAAAAAUGCUUUGCUCUGAUUAGGGGGUACUUGAAUUAAAACAAUGUUCACCUGAAAAAAGGUUGAGAACCACUGCACUAGAUGUCACGAUAACAAUUAUUUGUAUAUUUGUAAAUGACGCCACAUAUGUAAAAAAAUAAAUUAAAUAAACCACACGUCAAGGAAAAUGAUUAAACUACAUAAAUAACCUCAUGUAAUUUGAUUUAGAUAUUUUUUUUAUCUUGAUAGAUGGAAAAUUAACACCAAUGAGUUGACUGAUGAACAUUAUCACAUAAUUUAUUCAGAAAAUACAACUAGCUUCAAAUAAAGAUAAUAAUAAAAACUGCAACAAGUGUAAAAAAACAACAAGAUUUGUACAAUUAGGGAAUGUGCUUGUUCUAUUUUAAACAAAACAAUGUGAAGUUGUCUUUAUUCUUAAGUGAUUUUACCAGCACGAUUUUUCUCCACGAGGCGUCCGAUCUAAAAUGAGUUUGACACCCCUGAUUUAAAUAAUGCACCCCUGAUCAUCGUAUCCACAUUUUACUUGAAUGUUACAGUAAUAAAACCGAUUUAGAAAAUUAGCACUUUAAAUGCACUUAUUUCCAUUCAAAAUUAUUGAUGAUUUUAUAAUAAUGAUAACAAUGGAUUAAAUUUAUAUAGCGCUUUUCUAGACACUCAAAUCGCUUCACGGAGAAGUGAUAACUCAUCAUUUAUUCACACCUAGUGGUGGUAAGCAACUUUCGUAGCCACAGCUGCUCUGGCAUAGACUGACGGCUCCUCCGACCACCAUCAUUCAUUCACCAAUGUGAGCGGCACCGGGGGCAAGGGUGAAAUGUCCUGCCCAAGGGCACAGCGGCGGUGAUUUGGGCGGUAAGAGGCGGGGAGCGAACCUGCAACCCUCAGGUUUCUGGCUCGGUUGCUCUACCCCAAUACACAAUGCCGCCCCAAAAUUAAAAAAAAUACUUAUUCAGGUCAAUGAAAAUAAAACUUGAAAGACAACUGAAUUUACGUAAAUGUCCUUUUGCAAUAUAUGGAAUAAUAUAUAAAUUGUGUUUACAAAUAGACUUAGAGAAACUUUAAUGAUCCACACAGUAGCUCAGUUACAAAGGACGGAAAGGAUAACGCAGGUAUAAAGUAGACUAAAAAUGUA